CUCAUUGUUACUGAAUCAAUUGUGCUUUUCAAAUUUUAGUCAGACCGAGCUUCAAUGCUGGAUGAUGCCAUCAAACAUAUUAAAGCCCUCAAGCUUCAAAUACCAUUUUAUGUACAUCAGAUGACGUCCAUGGGUGAAGGAGCUCUGUACCAGGCUUCAAAUUUGUCCAUGGCUGGGAUGCAAAGCACACAAACACCCCAAUUCAUGUCGUAUGUGCCCAUGGGAACGAGCAAUGCGUAUGGAAUGGGAAUGGUUAAUAUGUGCUACUCAACAACGGGCCUUCCAAUCAUGUCUGUUCCCUCAGCCCGCUUCAAUCCAUUACAGCCAGCAACUGCAGGGUUCCCUCUAAUGUCUGCACCAGGAGUUCUUCCUGUUAAUCCCCGAUUGCAAAUGCCGAUGCCAUUCGUUGCUUCACAAGUAAUGCCUACAGCCACUAUCACAUCCAGGCCCAGAAAUAUGGGUCAGCCGCAAUUUGCUACAGAUUUCUCUCACACAUUCAACUAUGCAAACCAAGGAGAGUCUAGUUUCCAAAACAAUACAAACAACGCAGCUUCUGCUGACAACCAGAGAGUGCCAAUUAUAAGCAAGAAAUCUAAGGUGCUGGCUAGUCAUGUGGUAACACCCUGUUCAUCAGUCAGUGACAAGUAGCCGAUCACACUCCCCAUUUUGACAGUUCAUCUGGAUGAGAUAAUUCAAGUCAGUAGAAUUGCCAUUUUUCUUUGUUGGUAACUUUACUGUUUGAUGUUUGCUGGAUGAAAGAAGGCAAGCACUAAACUAAGCAGCAUACAAACAGAACAGAGCUUUCUUAAGUCUCUGCAGCUUGGAAACAAUCA